AUAUAAGAAAAAUAAAAAAGUUUAGAUGAAAUAAUAAAACAAUUUUACCAGUACAAAAUUAUAAUCAAACUGACUUGCUCAUCGCAUUUUCUAGUUUGUACUAUCAAAUUGCCUGUACCUGUCUGUCUCAAUUUUACAGCUUUCUCAACAAUCAAUUCAUCCUUCUCCGCCAAUUGAAAAUUCUGGUAACCCAGCGUAUACUACUGGAAACUGGGGAUUUCUUCAGGUAAUGAUGGGAUCACUUUCUCCAAAUUUCUCCUUUUUUUCUGCUAUUGUAUAAGUGAAAUCUUUCUAAAGCUAGAAGCUUUGAGAAAUUUGACUUAUGUUAUACAUGUAGAAGCCAUAUGUGUUUUUUGGGUCUUGUUUAUUUUUCUUUUCGCAUAAGUGGAUGUAUUGUUGCUUAUUGAUGUUGUUGAGGAUAUUAAUACAACAUAAACAAGUCGGCCGCUCAACUACUCUUAUUUUUCUACAAUAAAAUAUAUUCUAUUACAAAAUAGAUACUCUCUUUUAGAUUCAGGACAUAUACAUAUAUAUACAUGUAAUUUGCAAUGUAUCAAUUUAAUUUUUCCCAUUUAUUGAAAUAACAUGCAAUUUUCCUUUCUCUGUUUUCUUUAUCAUCUUCUUCAUUUUUCUGUUUAAAACUUUCAUCCCCAUUAUCAAAACUUUGAGGUAAGCUUUAACAUGGUAUCAGAUUCAGCAAGAAGAUCCAUCAUUUUCUUUGAAAUUCCGCAAUAAUCGUGUAUGAAUAUUUUAGCGGACAAUGCUUUCACAUUUAUUCAACAUUUUGCGAGGGAGCAUGCGACUAUUUUCAAUAGAUGGUAGCAAAUGUUCCACCCGUAUCCAUGUAUCAUAAAAGUGGUGCAAUGUACCAGAGGUUGAUGAAAUUCCAUGGCUUCAAUUUGGUUGUUGUUUCAAACUUUAAGAAGUCUGCAGCAAGAGUAAUCCACAAUAAAGUACAUACUAUUAAAUCAUCCAUAAGUUCUCUGGAAUUCAAUUCAUGCCAUCAACAAUGUAACAUGGUGUGGGUUAGGCAUCUUUGUACUAGCGCUGAGCAAGGUCAGCUGUGUUGGAUAAACGAUGAUAAUAUCUUAAAAGGACUUGAAACUUCAUUGUUGAAUUGCAAAGAGGACGAGGUAUGGCCAAUUUUUAGCAAAUUUAGGAAUUCGUAUGGUUUUCCUCCUCCUGCUAUCAUGAGCAAGUUGAUCUCAAGACUUUCCUACUCAUCUGAUCAGCACUUACUUUCUAAAGCAUGUAAUUUAGUUUUUAAAAUUUCUAAAGUGAAUUCUGAAUCACUUCAGCAUGAUAGCUUGUCUAGCCUUUGCCUUUCACUAGGAAGAGCACAGAUGCCUGUACCUGCAUCAAAAAUACUUAGACUCAUGUUCCAGAAAAAUAAUGCCCCUCCAGGAUCUGUGUUGUGUUCUGUUUUUAUGCAUAUGGUGAAGACUAAAAUUGGGACAUGUUUGGCGUCAAAUACCCUUCUUGAGAUUUGUGAUUGCUUCCAUCAUCUGAGUGCAAAAAGAUCUGAACGCGCCAUGUCUGUGAAACCCAGUACUGCAAUCUUCAACCUUGUUCUUGAGGCUUGUGUGAGAUUCGGAUCGUUCCUGAAAGGGCUCCAAAUAAUAGAGGCAAUGGCACAAAUAAGAGUAGUAGCUGAUGUACACUCCGUUAUUCUAUUCACUUACAUUUAUGAGAUGAAUGGCCUUAGGGAUGAGUUGAAUAAGUUCAAAUAUUAUGUUGAUCAAGUUUCUAUCCCAAUUGCUGGACACUAUGUUCAUUUCUAUGAUAAGCUGUUGAGCUUGCAUUUUGAUCAUGAUGAUGCUGAUGCUGCUUCCAGCCUUGUAACUGAUAUUUAUUUUUGCUGGGGGUCACGCCCUCUGCAACAAAAUAAGAACCAAAUGAAGUCCAGUCAGGUGCCCAUUGGUCCCCCAUAUUUGAAAGAUGGUUUGAACAUUCAAGUAAUGUUUGAGUUGCUGCAGAAGGAUUUUGUCAUUCAUGUGCCAAAUGCUGAGAAGAUUGUAGUAUGUAAGGAUGGAAAGCUUAUCCUUAGCAGUAAAGGCUUGGCACAACUCAUUAUAAAAUACAAGAGAAGCGAAAGAGUUGAUCAAUUGUCGGAACUUUUGGCUUCAAUUCAAAAGAAUAUGGGUGCAGCUCAAGAAGGCAGUUUAUGUUGCGAUGUAAUUCACGCAUGCAUAUAUUCUGGUUGCCUAGAAACUGCUCAUGAUAUUUUGGAUGAUAUGGAAAUGGCUAAUAUAACCGUUCCCACCUCAACAUAUAUGUUACUGUUGAAAGCCUAUUGCAGAGAAAAUAUGUUCAAGGAAGUGGAAGCCCUUGUGAAACAAAUAAAGAGGAUUGGCUUGCUCAUGGAUGCAUCCGAUGAAGUAAUUAUUUCGAAGUGUCGUUCAGGUGUAGCUGAUGGUUGUAGUCCGAGUGUGGUAACACCAAUUACCAGUAGGCAAUCAGAAUUAACCACCUAUCUGAUUGAAGAAUUGAACAGGAAUCAUAAAAUGCCUCCUACAACUUUUGAGCUAAAUUCUUCCAUGUAUUUCUUUUGCAAGGCUAAAAUGAUUGAGGAUUCCCGGAAGAUAUACAGAAAAAUGCAAGCAAUGCAUAUCCAACCGACAGUGCAAACGUUUGCGUUCUUGAUACAAGGCUAUUCAUCUUUGAAAAUGUAUCGGGAAAUCACUAUCUUAUGGGGUGACAUUAAAAGGUACAUGAAUGCUGGAUGUUUGCUUGCAAAUAGGGAUAUGUAUGAGUUGCUAUUAAUGAAUUUUCUUCGAGGAGGCUACUUUGAGAGAGUAUUAGAAGUUCUUCGCCAUAUGAAGGACCAUAGUAUGUGUACUGAUCGAUGGAUGUAUAAGCAGGAGUUUGUAAGACUUCAUAAGAAUCUGUACAGGAGUUUGAGGGCCACAGAUGCCACUAGUGAAGCACAGAAAUUAAGGCUUGAACAUGUUAAAGCCUUCAGGAUGUGGGUUCGCAAUAAUUGAAGGACAUUUUAGAGAUUAUCUGGCUUUAAAUGCUAGAAAGGGGAGACCCUGGACUUUUGCUAACUAGUGAAAUCAACGACUAAAGACAGCUGGAUAGUGAAGACUGAGACUUCAGCAAGUGGUGACUGAACUGAAGCAUGUUCUUUCUAGCAUUGCAAAAAGCUGAAGAAAUUCUGGUAAAGAUUUGUAAAAAGGUUCACAUCUUGUUGGAGCUUGUAGCUUCAGGUCGAGUACCAUGAUCAUCCAGAAAAGUGCUCAAAUGAGUCAUGUCCACGAAGGAGGCAAUGGCUUCGUAAGUUUCGAUGCUCAAAAGAUGGUUGGACAAGCAAUAAGCAGCAACCCAAACACUAACUCGUGGAGUUGCUACUCAAACGAGCAACUGCCACAGAGCAAAUAGACAAAUUGAUCGAGCAGCUUUUGUAGCCUUUAAGUGGAAGCUUGCUCGAUCAACUUUUAGGUGCGCUUGAUCGAACAAAUAAGCUUUGCUUUGAUGAGUGUGAUUUUGCUGAAGAAAUUUUUAGUAAGAUUUGUAAAAAGUUUCACAACUUGUUUGAGCUUCUAGCUUCAGGUUCAACUGAUUAGCUUUUGGUUGAUGGUGAUUAUAUGGGACUAAAACUUGAAUGGUCAUGUUUGCCAAAUUCUUUAAAUAUGUUGAAUCUAUCCAAAUUAUUCAAUUAUAUCACUUGUAUAAAACAUUUAUCUAUUUUUAGCCCCUCUCGUCUCCGGAUAUGUCCCUUAUAAUGAUAUUAUAGUAAUAUUUUAUUUGAUUUUUGUACUAAAGGAGGCGAUGAGAGUUAUUUAUAGUGUAUACUAAUGUCACUCAUGACGAGGAAAUUUGAUCAUAA